CAAUUAUGCAGGCUAGCCGUACGCACUGGGAAGGAAGAUAGCGGCAGCAAUAUGGCGACAUCCGCAGUUUCUCCUGGGUCUUUUAAACAUCCUUAGGCACGCAAGAUCUACAUGGAUCGCUCUUAAUGCGAAAAAAGCUGGCUGUCCUGAAUGGCUUCUAAAUAAAGAGGACUCUGCUGCAGGAUGACAAUAUGGCUGCGCAGCUGCUUGCACCUCCAGGACCCAAUAGCUUCAAGAGGUUCACCCCAGAGACUUUGGCCAACAUCGAGAAGCGCAUCGCUGAGGAGGAGAAGAAGCAGCCUGUUAAGCCCAGAUCUGACAGCAGUCACCGCGAUGACGAUGAUGACAACAAACUGCGACCCAACACUGACUUGGAAGCGGGGAAAGGCGUACCCUUUAUUUAUGGGGACGUCCCUUCUAACAUGUUGGCUGUGCCCCUGGAGGACUUGGACCCCUUCUAUUUGAACAAGAAAACCUUUAUAGUGCUUAACAGAGGAAAAACUAUCUUCCGUUUCAGUGCCACGCCCUCGUUAUAUAUCAUUAGUCCUUUUAACCUAUUCAGGCAAAUAGCAAUUAAAAUUUUGAUACACUCACUUUUCAGCAUGAUCAUCAUGUGUACAAUUUUGACAAAUUGUGUCUUCAUGACAUUCAGCAAUCCUCCAGAAUGGUCCAAACAAGUAGAAUACACCUUUACAGGAAUCUACACUUUCGAGUCACUCACAAAGAUUGUGGCUCGAGGUUUUUGUAUAGAUGGCUUCACCUUCCUCAGAGACCCUUGGAACUGGCUGGAUUUUAUGGUCAUCUCUAUGGCGUAUAUUACAGAGUUUGUAAACCUAGGCAAUGUGUCAGCUCUGCGCACAUUCAGGGUGCUGAGGGCUUUGAAAACUGUUGCUGUGAUCCCAGGGCUGAAAACCAUUGUGGGUGCUCUGAUCCAGUCAGUGAAGAAGCUGUCAGACGUGAUGAUUCUGACUGUGUUCUGUCUGAGUGUAUUUGCCCUCAUCGGUCUACAGUUGUUCAUGGGUAAUCUUCGCCAAAAAUGUGUCAUCUGGCCAUUCAACCAAACUGAAUCCUACCUAGCCAAUGGGAGCAGAGGCUUUGACUUCAAUGAAUACAUCAUGAAUGACACAAACUUCUACUUUCAGCCAGGCAUGCUGGAUGCACUGCUGUGUGGAAACAGCUCAGACUCAGGGCGGUGGCCAGAGGGCUAUACUUGCAUGAAGGCUGGACGCAACCCAAACUAUGGCUAUACUAGCUUUGACUCCUUUGGUUGGGCUUUUCUUGCUCUCUUCCGACUCAUGACACAAGACUUCUGGGAGAAUCUGUACCAACUGACUCUGCGAGCCGCAGGGAAGACGUACAUGAUCUUCUUCGUACUGGUGAUCUUUGUGGGAUCGUUCUACCUGGUGAAUCUGAUCCUGGCUGUGGUAGCCAUGGCUUAUGAAGAACAAAACCAGGCCACUAUGGAGGAAGCAGAACAGAAGGAGGCUGAGUUUAAAGCCAUGCUGGAACAGCUGAAGAAACAACAGGAGGAGGCACAGGCCAAUGCCAUGGCAACCUCGGCAGGUACAGUAUCUGAGGAUGCAGUAGAGGAUGACGGAGGAGGGCAUCUGUCCCGCAGUUCCUCUGAGGUGUCCAAGCUGAGCUCCAAGAGUGCCAAGGAGCGACGGAACAGAAAGAAAAAGUUGAGGAAAGAACAGGAAGAGAAGGGUGACAGUGAGAAGGUGGUAAAGUCAGAAUCCGAUGACGGCAGCAAGAGGAGCCGCUUCCGUUUCAGAGACAACAGGCUUGGGCGGAAGGCCUCAAUCAUGAACCAGUCCCUGUUGAGCAUCCCUGGUUCACCCUUCAUGUCCCGCCGCAGCAGUAUAUUCAGCUUCAAGGGCUCGGAGAACGAGUUUGCAGACGAUGAGCACAGCACGGUCGAGGAGAGCGAAGACCGCCGCGGCUCCCUCUUUGUCCCGUACAGGCGCAGCAGCUAUAGCGGCUACAGCCAGGGUUCCUCACGCAUUAACCCACUGGCACCCCACCCAGGCUGCAAGAGAAACAGCACGGUGGACUGCAACGGCGUGGUGUCUCUGAUCGGGACUGGGCCUGGCCGGCUACUGCCUGAGGUGAAAAUAGAUAAGGCAGCUUCAGAUGACAGUACCACAGAGGUGGAGGGUAAGAGAAAACACUCAGGUUCUCUUAUGGUGUCAGUGGACCAGCUCAAUACUUCCUUUAGCCGGAAAGAGCGAGCCAACAGUGCAAUGACUGUUGUCACCAACACGCUGGUGGAAGAGCUGGAGGAUUCUCAGAGAAAAUGUCCACCCUGCUGGUAUAAAUUUGCCAACACAUUCUUAAUAUGGGAGUGCUUUCCACUUUGGAUAAAGAUAAAAGAGAUAGUGAACCUCAUAGUGAUGGAUCCGUUUGUAGACCUAGCUAUCACUAUAUGUAUUGUGCUGAACACAGUCUUUAUGGCUAUGGAGCAUUAUCCCAUGACACCACACUUUGAGGAGGUGCUUUCUGUUGGAAACCUGGUGUUCACAGGUAUCUUCACAGCUGAGAUGUUUGCCAAGCUGAUAGCCAUGGAUCCAUACUACUACUUCCAGGAGGGCUGGAAUAUCUUUGAUGGCUUCAUUGUGAGCCUGAGUUUGGUGGAGCUGGGGCUUGCUGAUGUAGAGGGGCUGUCUGUGCUCAGAUCCUUCAGAUUGCUGAGGGUGUUUAAGCUGGCUAAAUCAUGGCCCACUCUGAACAUGCUGAUCAAGAUCAUUGGUAACUCUGUGGGAGCUUUGGGAAACCUGACCCUGGUGCUGGCCAUCAUCGUCUUUAUCUUUGCUGUGGUGGGCAUGCAGCUGUUUGGAAAGAGCUAUAAAGACUGUGUGUGUAAGAUUGCCGUGAGCUGCGAGCUGCCCCGCUGGCAUAUGAAUGACUUUUUUCACUCCUUCCUUAUUGUGUUCCGGGUGCUAUGUGGAGAGUGGAUCGAAACCAUGUGGGACUGUAUGGAGGUGGCUGGACAAACAAUGUGUCUCACCGUAUUCAUGAUGGUGAUGGUCAUUGGAAACCUGGUGGUGCUGAACCUAUUCUUGGCCUUGCUGCUCAGCUCCUUCAGUGCUGAUAAUCUAGCAGCCACAGAUGAUGACGGUGAGCUGAACAACCUGCAGAUUUCAGUGAUUCGCAUUAAGAAGGGUAUCGCUUGGUUCAAAGUUCACGUACGUCUCCUGGUGGACCACAUUCUGAAGAAGAAACCUUUGGAAGACGAAGACAAACCUCUUGAUGACAUGUAUGACAAAAAACUCAACAUCAUAGGUAACCACACCGGCGUUGACAUCAAAUAUGGCGAUCUGAACUACCCCAAGAAUGGUAAUGGCACCACAAGCGGCAUUGGAAGCAGCGUAGGAAAGUACAUGAUUGAUGAGGAGCCCAUGUCCUUUAUACACAACCCCAACCUAACUGUACGGGUUCCCAUCGCUGUGGGAGAGUCGGACUUUGAGAACCUCAACACAGAGGACUUCAGCAGUGAGUCGGAUGUGGAAAACAGCAAAGAUCUGGAUGACACCAGCUCUUCAGAAGGAAGCACUAUCGACAUAAAGCCUGAUGAGGAAGAACUGGCUGUAGUGGAGGUCGUGGAGGAGUACUUAGACCCAGACGCCUGCUGGACUGAUGCCUGUGUGGCACGGUACAAAUGCUGUGACGUGCCUAUUACCGAGGGCUGGGGAAAGCACUGGUGGUUUCUGAGGAAAACUUGCUACCUUAUUGUUGAACACAACUGGUUUGAGACACUCAUCAUUUUUAUGAUUCUGCUCAGCUCUGGAGCUCUGGCAUUUGAGGAUGUAUACAUCGAACAGAGGAAAACCAUCCAGGUCAUUCUAGAAUAUGCAGACAGAGUCUUCACAUACAUCUUCAUCCUGGAAAUGUUGCUGAAAUGGGUGGCCUAUGGCUUUGUCAAAUACUUCACCAAUGCAUGGUGCUGGCUGGACUUCUUCAUUGUGGAUGUGUCAAUAGUCAGCCUUAUAGCUAAUGCGCUGGGCUACUCAGACUUGGGCCCCAUAAAGUCCCUGAGGACUUUGAGGGCUCUCAGGCCCCUGAGAGCUUUGUCCCGGUUUGAGGGCAUGAGGGUCGUCGUGAAUGCUUUGGUGGGUGCCAUUCCCUCCAUUAUGAAUGUGCUGUUGGUGUGUUUGAUCUUCUGGCUGAUCUUCAGUAUUAUGGGUGUCAACCUGUUUGCUGGGAAGUACUAUUACUGCUUCAACGAGACAUCAGAAGAAUAUUUUAAGAGUGACGAUGUCGACAACAGGACAGAAUGCUUUGCACUCAUCAGUGCGAACCACACAGAGGUUCGCUGGAAGAAUGUGAAGAUCAACUUCGAUAAUGUGGGCGCAGGUUACCUGGCACUCUUACAAGUGGCCACAUUCAAAGGCUGGAUGGACAUCAUGUAUGCAGCUGUGGAUUCCAGAAGGGUUGGGGACCAGCCCAUCUAUGAGGACAACAUCUACAUGUAUAUAUAUUUUGUCAUCUUCAUUAUCUUUGGGUCCUUCUUCACUCUGAAUCUCUUCAUCGGUGUCAUUAUUGACAACUUUAACCAACAGAAGAAAAAGUUUGGAGGUCAGGAUAUUUUCAUGACUGAAGAACAGAAAAAGUACUACAAUGCUAUGAAGAAACUGGGCUCUAAGAAACCCCAGAAACCCAUCCCUAGACCUCUGAACAAAAUCCAGGGCAUGGUAUUUGACUUUGUCACUGAGCAGGCCUUUGACAUUUCCAUCAUGAUCCUCAUCUGUCUUAACAUGGUUACCAUGAUGGUGGAAACAGAUGAUCAGUCAGAAGAGACAGAGAACAUUUUGUACUGGGUAAACUUCAUAUUCAUUGUGGCCUUCACUGGCGAGUUCGUCCUGAAACUCUUUGCUCUGCGCCACUACUAUUUCACCAAUGGUUGGAACGUCUUUGACUGCGUUGUCGUCAUUCUGUCCAUUGUGGGUAUGUUCCUGGCAGACCUCAUUGAGAAGUACUUUGUGUCACCAACUUUGUUCAGGGUAAUCCGUCUGGCUCGAAUUGGUCGCAUUCUGCGUCUAAUCAAAGGAGCCAAGGGCAUCCGGACAUUGCUGUUCGCUUUGAUGAUGUCACUUCCUGCGCUGUUCAACAUCGGCCUGUUGCUUUUCCUAGUCAUGUUCAUCUUCUCCAUCUUUGGCAUGUCUAACUUUGCCUAUGUGAAACGAGAAUUAGGAAUUGAUGACAUGUAUAACUUUGAAACUUUUGGCAACAGCAUGAUCUGUCUAUUCAUGAUCACCACAUCAGCUGGGUGGGAUGGCCUCUUGGCUCCUAUCUUGAACUAUCCACCUGACUGCAAUCCUGAGAAGGAGAACCCAGGAACCACAGUUAAGGGCAAUUGUGGCAAUCCCUCAGUAGGAAUCUUCUUCUUUGUAAUGUACAUUAUUGUGUCCUUCCUAAUUGUGGUGAACAUGUACAUCGCUAUCAUCUUGGAGAACUUCAGUGUUGCCACUGAGGAGAGUGCUGAUCCACUGUGUGAAGACGACUUUGAGUCCUUCUAUGAAAUCUGGGAGAAGUUCGACCCAGACGCUUCGCAGUUCAUCACCUUUGCCAAGCUGCCAGACUUUGCAGAUACAUUAGAACAUCCUCUCCGUGUGCCAAAGCCAAACAUCAUCGAGCUGAUCGCCAUGGACAUGCCCAUGGUGAGUGGCGACCGCAUUCACUGCUUGGAUAUUCUGUUCGCCUUUACCAAGCGUGUGCUGGGUGACAGCGGCGACCUGGACAUGAUGAGACAGCAAAUGGAGGAACGCUUUGUAGCGGCGAAUCCUUCCAAAGUGUCAUACGAGCCCAUCACUACCACGCUGCGGCGUAAACAGGAGGAGGUGUCAGCUGUCGUCAUCCAGAGGGCGUACCGAUCCCACCUGGUACGCAGAGGUUUCAUCUGCAAACGCAGGCCUGCCAACAACAAACUGGAGAACGGAGGGACCAAUCAGGAGAAGAAAGAGGACACACCUUCCACUGCAUCCCUGCCGUCCUAUGACAGUGUAACCAAGCCCGAGAAGGAGAAACAGGAUGACAACAAUGAAGGCAAGGGCCGCAAAGAGAAACGCCGAAACCAAAAAGACGUCAGGGAAUCCAAGUGUUAAGACUGCUGCGGUAAAACUCACGGACAGUGAUAAUGAUCAUGAUGAUAUUAUAACAAAAACUGUCAUUUCAAGCUAAUGGAAACCCUGAAU